UUACUCGCUCUUGGUUUUCGGCCCAGUACCCUUUUGCUGGACCCGGACUGCGUGCAUGACGCCACCAGCCACCAUGCGCCGCGAUCCCGGAGAGAGAGCCCACAGAAACCGGACGCACAUAGCGGGACCGCGGCACGGGGCGCUGUUGAUCAGAGAUUGACGCUGCAACGCCGGAUGAUAAAGCUUGCCCGGACGCGAAUGUAAUGCGCAGUGACAACAUCGACCGGAUCGCCCCAAGUCUGCACAUGCGCAGUGACAACAUCGACCGGAUCGCAACAAGUCUGCACUCGCGCAGUGACAACAUCGACCGGGUCGCCCCAAGUCUGCACAUGCGCAGUGACAACAUCGACCGGAUCGCCCCAAGUCCGCACAUGCGCAGUGACAACAUCGACCUGAUCGCCCCAAGUCUGCACAUGCGCAGUGACAACAUCGACCGGAUCGAGACAAGUCUGCACUCGCGCAGUGACAACAUCGACCGGGUCGCCCCAAGUCUGCUUGUGUUAGUAAUGAUAGAGUAUACUACUAAAAAAACUAGCGUAUGUCUGAUACCAGUACAACAACCCCUUCGACACCAACUGUCAACAACACUAAAAAGAGGUUUCUGUCAUCACCACAAGAUAUAGCUGAUUUAAAAAAGGGUCGAUUCUUGGACAGUAUCAUGGAAACUGCUGGCAACACUAGUGCUGUUAAUAGCCUAGCACUUUCAGACACUGACUUAGAGAAAAUCGCACUAGUACUAAAGUCAGCUUUCCAGGAUGAUAUUCUAAGCCUUAUCAAACCGGUCGUUGAUGGCGUGGUUCAGGGUCUGCAAUCUAGACUAGAUCUUUUGAGCCAUGAAAAUGCAACUCUGAAAAAGGAAAACGAAGAUCUCCGAUUACGCGUCAACUCGUUGGAGAACAUGAUAGAUGACGCGGAACAGUACAGCCGCAGGAAUUGCUUACGACUUACUGGUAUACCCGAGACAGAGGGCGAGAGUACAGAUGACAUCAUUAUCAAACUGUGUAAGCAGGUCAAUGCUGACAUAAAAUUGUCAGAUAUUGACAGGAGUCGUCGUGUUGGUAAACCCGGCCCUUCCAAAAGCAGACCUAUCAUAGUCAAAUUUGCAACUUAUCGGUCACGUCAAACCCUUUACAAAACUCGUGCGGCGCUAAAAUCGACGGGCUUCUCCGGUGCCUAUCUAAACGAGGACUUAACCCGUAAAAGAAGCCAGAUCAUGUACACCGCCAGGCAACUUGUAAAAUACAAAAAGCUGGAGGGCUGCUGGACUGCAGACGGGAUCAUUAUGGUCAAGGACCUCAAUCACCGUACCCACAGGGUUGUUCGACAUGAUGAACUCAAAGUGUUCGAAUAAGUCCCCUUUUCUGCCCUGAACAGUAUAUUUGCCGUCAUUACGUGUUUAUUCAAGCAUCACACUAUCAGAUAGACUUCAUUCAUUGUUAUACAAGUAGUCAUACGGAACAGUUAGCAGUUGUUAACACCUAGCAAAAAGUUGAUAUCCAAAUAGUUUUAU